AUGUCUUCCGGCUUCGUCUCUGCUGGCACCAUCGACCAACCAGUCCAACGAGACGAAGAAUGGCUUAAAGCGCAACAAGACAUUGAAGUCGCUCGUCGACAAAAAGAGGCUGAAGGUGUCCAGGACGGUGGCAAGUCCUUAUACGAGGUGUUACAGAACAACAAAGCUGCGAAACAAGACGCUUUCGAAGAAUCAAUCAAGUUAAAGAACCAAUUUCGCAACCUAGAGGAAGACGAAGUUGAUUUUCUUGACUCCGUUCUUGAAUCUACGCGGGCGAAAGAGGAAGAGGUCAAGAACGAGACUGCUACGCAGCUUGAGAUUUUCAGGAAGCAGCAAGAGGAGGCAGACAAAGCUGCCAGGGGAGCUGACGACGCUGACGGGCAAGAAAACGCCGGAAGCCCUCUUGAAGAGGUGCCAAGCUGGGGUGUUGGACCUCGAAAAAGGAAGAAGGGCACAUCGAAGGAGGGAUCGACGGGCUUUAAACUUAGAAAAUCAUCAACAACACAUGAUGCCCAAAGAGGUGUUGAUUUGAAGGGUGUGGUCGAGCCGGCCAAGACACCACUUCAUAAAGACACUCAUCUACGUAGUACAACAGAGGAAAAGUCGCCAGGCGAGUCUCCUCCAAACAUCAAAGUCAGCCCUGGAAAGCCUGAUAACGAUGCACCAAAAUUGAACAAGCCGUCGGCUACUUUGGAUCUUGGCUUACUCGCCUACAGCUCUGAUGAGGACGGUUGA